CCGCAGCUUCGGAAGCCAUGGCCACUUCUGCGCAGCAGACUACUCAGGCCGGUAGUUCAGGGUCUGUCGGGUCAACGGUCGCGCAGACCCAGAGUCAGUCCACUAGCGUAAUGGGAAGCCAACCUAUAGUGUUGACCUCCGACGAGAUCGCCAUACAACAAGCAGCUUUGCAGGAGGCACAACUACAGAAGGCAUUAGGAGAUAUAAAAGCGGAGAAAGAAAGAAUGAUUAGAAGAAGAGCCAGGAUGCAACGGAGACAAGCGAACAUUGGUGAGUUAGAGGAGAUGGACCUGACACACGUGACUAAUGAGAUUGCAAUCCGGCCUGAGGAUCAACACAAAACCGCAUUUCAGACCAGGUACGGUCUGUACGAGUUUGUGGUGAUGCCUUUCGGCCUUUGCAAUGCUCCUAGCACCUUUCAACACGCUAUGAAUCGGAUAUUCCAUGACUACUUGGAUAAGUUUGUCAUCGUGUACCUCGAUGACAUACUUAUUUUUAGUAAGACUGUCGAGGAGCACGUUGCACACUUGGACAAAGUCCUUAGACUCCUGCGACAGCACAAGUUCAAGAUCAACAGUGAGAAGUGCGAGUUUGGCCACACCUGUGUCUUGUACUUGGGCCAUGAGAUUUCCGCGGAAGGGUUGAAGCCCGAUGACGCGAAGGUGGCCAGCAUUCGUGACUGGCCGCAUCCUCAGUCUGUGGCUGAGAUGAGAUCAUUCUUAGGGACCGACUACUAUCGCAACUUCGUGGAGAACUAUAGCAUAGUUGCCGCCCCUUUGACUGAUCUGACCCGCCUUGACACCCCAUGGGAGUGGACUGAGAGAUGCGAGGCUGCUUUCAGACAUCUGAAGCCUGCGUUGACGCAUUACGAAGUCUUGAAACUUCCUGAUCCUGACAAGGCAUUUAUAGUGACUACGGAUGCUAGCCAAUAUGGCAUAGGCGCCGUACUUGCACAACAGGAGGGGAAAAUUUUGAGGCCAGUAGAGUACAUGUCCAAAAAGAUGCCCUCUCAGAAGUUGGGUAAGUCCACCUAUGAGAAGGAACUCUAUGCGGUUUACAAGGCUCUGACCCAUUGGAGGCACUACCUCCUUGGGAGAUUCUUCAUCCUCAGGACUGAUCAUCAGACCCUGAGAUGGAUGAGAACUCAGCCGAUACUCUUUGAUGCUCUCGAGCGUUGGAUCGAAGUCAUUGAGCAAUAUGACUUCAAGCCCCAGUACAUCAAGGGCGAGUACAACAAGGUUGUUGAUGCCUUGCCGCGUAGACCAGAUUUCUCUGGUGCGCUGAUCACUGAGUUUGGGCUUGCGGACAGUGUUACUCAGUCCAUGGUGGAAGCCUAUCGUGAGGAUCCAUUCAUGUCUAAGAUCAUCCGCAGACUCGAAGCGAAGGACAAAGUGACUUCUGUCGAGUUUGAGUUGGUCAACGACUUGCUGUUCCUCGAUAAGGCUGGGAAUAAACGUUUGUGUGCUCCGAAUAGCGAGUCUUUGCGUAGUUUGUUUUUAGGAGAGUGCCAUGAUGCCACCGGCCAUUUUGGGUACAAGAACAUCGCAGCCAAUCUGCUGCAGCGGUUCUGGUGGCCCACAUUGAUGAGAGAUGCUAAGUUGUACGUGGAUACUUGUCAUGUCUAUCAGAGGGACAAGCCACGUACUCAGGCUCCUCUUGGGCUGCUGAAGCCCCUUCCGAUUCCGGAAAGGCCUGGUGAGAGCCUGUCCAUGGACUUCAUGGAUACGCUGGUCACCAGCAACAGUGGAAUGCGCUACAUCUACGUCAUUGUGGAUAGGUUUAGUAAGUUUGCUAGAUUAGUUGCAAUGCCGGCAACAACUAAAACGAAGUAUGUGAUUAAGAUGUUUAAAGAGAAUUGGGUUAGAGAUUUUGGAUUACCCAAGUCCAUAGUGAAAGAGAUGUCAGAUUCACAAGUGAGUUGUGGAAAGCAGCAGCUGCAGAGAUGGCACUGCAGAGCUGGCACGCAACUGCAGAUGACAUCAGGCAAUCAUCCUGAGGCAAACAGGCAGGUUGAACAAAUGCAUCGCGCUGUACAACACGUGCCAAGGCACUACAUCAAGCCAAAUCAGGUAGAUUGGGAUGAGAUACUUGCUCUCGUCGCAAGUUUGUACAAUAACGCUGUGCACAGCGCAACCGGACUCAUUCCUAACAGCCUGCUACUGACCUUCAGACCCCAACUGCCUUUAGACUUCCUACUACCUGACAAUCAGCCAACCGCUGCACUUGGAACUUUAGAGUUUGCUUAUCGGUAUGAGCAGCUGAUGCAACAGGCUGCUGAACAGAUGCACAAGGCACAGGCGGCGAUGAUAGAGUCUGAGAGCAAACAUCGCCGCACCUCUACGCUUCAGGUAGGAGAAAGAGUCUGGGUCAAGUCCUCAGAACUGAGACAGGAGCACGGAAUCUCCCGCAAGCUCAUGCCACAGUACUUUGGACCAUGGGAGACUCUGGAUGUUGUCGGGGGUGAACCAGAUGGGCCGUCUUAUGUUGUUCGCAUCCCUGGUCACUUACACACUUACCCUGUUUUCCACGCUUUAAAGCUUGCACCUUUUAAGGAAACAGAUCAGUUUCCAUCUCGUCGCUCAAUGCUGCCCCCAACCAUGGAUGGAGAGGUCAACAUUAAUGAUAUUGUUGACCACCGAGAAAUGCCAGUUUCAUUCGGGAGAGCUAUUGUCGUCAACUUCGGCAUUGUAGUAUGGGCUAGAUAGGAUCUGCCACAUGUAGUCUGGGCGCCGAGUGCCAGAUAGGAUAUCAAGGUUCUUCGUUGAUGAUGACGGGACUAUUUCAGCAUUGUCAAUUAUGAACUCUUGGUGUGUUCUUAUUAGGUGAAUCUCGUGAUGCAAUGCUGCUGUUGGUUCGAGGUCACGAUUAUCUGGACUCGUAUGUAUGAUGUUGUUUGAUUGUUGAAGUUCGCUAUUGCUCAUCUUCCUUGCAAUAUUCAAUGUGUGUCGUAGAAUGAAUACAAUUGAAAUAA